GGCUGUGUGAAGAAAUUCUUCAGCCAUGGACGUGUUCAUGAAAGGACUUUCCAAGGCAAAGGAGGGAGUUGUAGCAGCAGCAGAAAAAACCAAGCAGGGUGUGGCAGAGGCGGCAGGAAAGACGAAAGAGGGUGUCCUCUAUGUGGGUUCCAGGACCAAGGAAGGAGUUGUUCAUGGUGUCACAACAGUGGCCGAGAAGACCAAAGAGCAAGUGUCUAAUGUUGGAGGAGCUGUGGUGACAGGAGUGACGGCGGUGGCCCAGAAGACAGUGGAAGGAGCAGGGAACAUUGCUGCAGCCACAGGCUUGGUGAAGAAGGAUCAGUUGGCCAAACAGAAUGAAGAAGGCUUCCUGCAGGAGGGAAUGGUGAAUAAUACAGAUGUUCCUGUGGAUCCUGAGAAUGAGGCUUACGAAAUGCCUCCAGAGGAAGAGUAUCAAGACUAUGAACCUGAAGCAUGAGAGUCCUUUCCUUCCUUUCUAUCUCCUGAAAUCUACUAACUACUAAAGACGUCCCAUCCUGUACAAGUGCUGAGUUCCAAUGUGCCCAGUCGUAAAAUUUUUUUACAGUUUUUACGGUGUAUUUUGAAGUCUUCCAUCAGCAAUGAUUGGAGUAUCUGUGACUGCAUCCACCUUGUUUCAGCAUUUCCCUCCUGCUGAAAGGAAAGCUGGUUGGCAGGAUCAUUGUUGUGCUGUGGAUAUUGUGGCUUCAAGUUUAAAAGUUAAAAAAAGAAAAUAUUAAAUAAAAACACCUAAGUGUCUACUGCUUAUUUCUAACUCUGUACAUGUUUUGUUGAUAGGCUGUCAGUAAUUUGAUAUUGUUUAUGAUACAAUUUUUAUUUGUUUCCUAUGACUAUUCUUUCUGUGCAGAGAUGACUUAUUGUGAGAGCUUUAUAUAUAUGUGUAUGUAUUAUACAUAUAAAAAAGUAAUUGAGCAUGAACUAUGCACCUAUAAAUAUUAGCUGUUGAAAAUUUAUUGUUUUGUGAUGUGUUUUAUUAACUUGUGUCUGUAAAUAAUGGUGUUCAACUGAAGCGAAUAAAAUAUAACCCAUUAAAAUGAACUUCUAAAUUA